CAUCCCGCCGCCUCGCCCCUCCCCUCCCACGCCAUCGAUGCCUGUCCUCGCUCUGCGCUCGAUUAACCCGUGAGGGAAGAAGAUGGCGGACAAAACAGCGCCGUGCUCAGGGAACGACGGUGUGUGCGGCUUUUGCAAGGUGCAAGUAAUCCAUUGCUGAGUUGUCUAUCUGCAUCUAUAAGAAAUCUCCUAAGAAAUACAAACAGGCAUUGUGCUUUUGAUCAACAAAAAACCCAGAGCACUGGCAAAAUGACUUCCUCAAAGAGGACCCUCAGUAAAAAAGAACAGGAAGAAAUUAAAAAGAAGGAAGAUGAGAAGGCAGCAGCGGAGAUAUAUGAAGAGUUUCUGGCCUCCUUUGAGGGGGCUGACUCCAGUAAAGUAAAAGCUUUUGUUAGAGGAGGCAUUGUAAAUGCUACAAAAGAGCGAUUCGAGGAACAGAAAGGAAAGUUAUACAAGCCUUCUACGCGGGUUCCAGAGAUAAAGAACUUAAUGCCAGAUAAAUCUUCUCCACCGUCUUUCAUAUCUGAUCCCAAGAAGCCACCCCUAAGGAAGGGUGAAAAAGAGAAGAAGAAAAGUAAUUUGGAGCUAUUCAAAGAGGAAUUAAAACAAAUCCAGGAAGAACGUGAUGAAAGGCAGAAGACAAAAGGGAGUAAGGAUGCUCCUUUCAGGCCUAGUCGAUUUGAACCUCUGCCAUCAGAAGAUUCUUCACAAAGUCGCCGCUCUUCUGAGUCUUCAAGACGAAACAGACAAACAAAUGCACUUGAGGAAUUUACUCCUGGUUCUCAUGAUGCUGGAGAUCCAACUACAACUAAUUUAUAUAUUGGUAACAUUAAUCCGAAGAUGAAUGAAGAAAUGCUAUGUCAGGAAUUUGGACGUUUUGGCCCCUUGGCUAGUGUUAAGAUUAUGUGGCCCAGAACAGAAGAAGAAAGAGCCAGAGAAAGAAAUUGUGGAUUUGUAGCCUAUAUGAACAGAAGGGAUGCUGAAAGAGCUUUGAAAAAUCUAAAUGGGAAAAUUAUAAUGGAAUUUGAAAUGAAGUUGGGUUGGGGGAAAGCUGUGCCCAUUCCACCUCACCCCAUUUAUAUUCCACCUGCUAUGAUGGAGUUGACUCUACCGCCGCCACCAUCUGGAUUACCUUUCAACGCUCAACCACGGGAGAGACUGAAGAAUCCCACGACACCAGUGAUGCCGCCGAAAAAUCAAGAUGACUUUGAAAAGACUCUGUCGCACGCCAUAGUCAAAGUGGUUAUCCCAACAGAAAGAAACUUGUUGUGUGUAAUUCAUCGGAUGAUUGAAUUUGUCGUGCGUGAAGGACCUAUGUUUGAAGCAAUGAUCAUGAACAGAGAAAUAAACAACCCCAUGUUCAGGUUCCUUUUUGAGAAUCAAAGCCCUGCCCAUGUUUAUUACAGAUGGAAAUUAUAUUCCAUACUACAGGGGGAUUCUCCAACUCGUUGGCGAACAAUGGAUUUCCGCAUGUUCAAGAAUGGAUCAUUUUGGCGGCCUCCACCUCUAAACCCAUAUCUGCAAGAAAUAUUAGAAGAAACAGAGGCUCGAGUUGAAGAGAAUGUGAAAAAAGGACAGUUAAAAGAAGAUCAAAGGGAUAAAUUGGAGGAGCUCUUGCGUGGACUAACCCCUCGAAAAAAUGAUGUUGGUGACGCUAUGGUGUUCUGCCUGAAUCAUGCUGAGGCUGCUGAAGAAAUUGUGGAAUGUAUUGCAGAAUCUUUGUCCAUUCUGAAAACUCCUUUGCCUAAAAAGAUUGCCAGGCUUUAUUUGGUGUCGGAUGUAUUAUACAAUUCAUCAGCUAAAGUUGCAAAUGCCUCGUAUUAUAGAAAAUAUUUUGAAUCUAAGCUGUGCCAGAUAUUUGCAAACCUUAAUGCAACUUACAAGUCAAUUCAAGGUCACUUACAGUCUGAGAAUUUCAAGCAAAGAGUAAUGGGCUGCUUUAGAGCAUGGGAAGAUUGGACAGUUUAUCCUGACCCAUUCCUCAUUAAACUACAAAAUAUCUUUCUUGGACUUGUAGAUCUCGAGGAGGAAAGUAAAGAACUCUGCAAACCUCAGAAUAUCUACCUUGGACUUGUGGAUGUUGAAGAAAUUAAAGAAGUUUCUAAACGACAGCCAGACCCUGAAGAUCUUGAUGGAGCACCGGUGGAGGACGAAAUUGAUGGUGCCCCAUUGGAGGAUGUAGAUGGAGUUCCAAUUGAUUUGAACACUGGAAUGGAUGAUCUAGAUGGUGUCCCGAUGAAGGUGCUAGAUGAUGACCUUGAUGGGGUUCCCAUCGAUGGCCUUGAAGACUCCAAGAAGUUUCAGUCAGUUUUUAAAGUUGCUCCAUCAAAAUGGGAAGCAGUAGAUGAGGCAGAGUUAGAAUCUCAAGCUGUUACUACUUCAAAGUGGGAGCUCUUUGACCAACCAACUGAAUCGGAGGAAGAUGAGCAACCAGCGGACAGUACAUUAAAGGAAAGUGAUGAUGAAGAUGAUGAUGAUGUUGAUGAUCAAAUAUCGAGAUCAGAAGAAUUGCUUUAUUUUACUAACCCAGCAAAAGAAGAAAUGACAGAACCCAAACCUAUUCUUAAAUAUUCAGAAAUGUCUGAAGAGAAGCGAGCAAAGCUUCGAGAAAUAGAGCUUAAAGUAAUGAAGUUCCAGGAUGAAUUAGAAUCUGGGAAAAGGCCUAAAAAGGCAGGUCAGACCAUGCAAGAGCAAGUAGAACAUUAUCGAGACAAACUGCUUCAGCGGGAGAAAGAGAAAGAACUGGAAAGAGAAAGGGAGCGUGACAAAAAGGACAAAGAGAAAGAUGUGAUUAAAUCAGAGUUUCGUGUAAAAGAUAGGAAAGAAAAAGAGAGCUCCUCCUCACCUUCGGGCAAAGAGAGGAAAAGGAAGCACAGUGCAUCUGUCAGUCCAACUCGUGUGGCCAGGCGUGUGAAAUCACCGUCACCGCGUUCAGAACGGUCAGAUAGAUCGCGUACCAAAGACAGUCCACACACUAGAUCAGCGCAUAAAGACACACCUAGAGAUACAAAUAAGAAGUCCAAAAGAUCGCGAUCUGGCUCGAGGACUCCGAAAAGGUCCAAAAGAUCUCGUUCUAGGACUCCCAGAAAAUCUUCAAAGAAAUCUAGAUCCCAGUCCAGAUCUCCACAUCGAUCACACAAGAAAUCCAAGAAGAGCAAACACUAGUGAACUGUCCAUCACCUUUUUUCUGUAAUUUUAGUUUUGUCCCGUGCCUGAAACAAACUGAGGAAUAUCAUUCCUGGCUUUUUUUUUGAAUGCACAUACAUUCAUUAUGAAUAUUCAACUCCAGUCGAUCUGUGUGCUUUUUUGUAUAUGAAAGAAUUUGACUUCUAUAGUGCUUUGGCUUCAUCAAUCCCUAAACUCCCUGUUUGUAGAUUGUGUAAAGACAGACCCCUUUAUGUUAGAUUUCUCAUGAGGAUCCUUGUAUGUCUCUUCCACCAGCAGUAGCAGUAUUGUAUUUGCAGAGGUGUAUGAGGAAGCCUGAAGCAGAAGUGUUAUCCUUUUGUAAUUUUUAACAUUCAAUGAGAGUUGAAUAAAAAUCAGUACAGAAAGUUACAUAAUUUCUUGUUUUAUAAUAAAGUAAAUGCAAUAAUGUUUGAGCUAUUCAACUCUUGGUAUCUUAACGUGCAGCUUUUUUGGGCAUUACACCAUAAAACACUGUUGACACAGAAGUGAGGCACUUUGCCUGAAGCAGAUUUUCCUUGUUUCUUCUAGGCUGCAUUUUAAAAUGGCACAUCAAGCAGUCUUGAGUGGCUUGAGGAACAGGAAUGCUGUAGAGCAAGCCAAUCUUUCCAGAGUACUCUGAAUUGGAACUUCAGUAUAUCAAAAUGCUAUGGUUGUUAAUCUCUUUUUCAUUUUGCAUUGAUCACUUCUGGUUACAAAGACCAAAAGUGAUAAGCAUUUUGUGCAGAGGGAGUCACUUGCUUGAGAAGGUUUAUUUGAGCUGAAUGGCAAGAAGCCCAUGAACUUCAGGAAGAUCAAUGCUGAAGACUUGAUGCUGUACAUCUGAAGAGGAAGCAGAAAAGCAGCAAGACCAGAGAUAAUAGGCAGCUUUGUCAAAGAUACUGAAUGUAAAACCUCAGUUUUUCUUUUAACAUUCUGAGAGAACUGCGUAUUUUUGUUUUUACUUUAACUGCUCUUUGACAUUUUAAUCACUUUAAGCAAUGUGGUGAAUUCAUUGUGUCAAGAAAAAAUUGCUAUAUUCUUUACAUUAGAACUGUGUAAAAGUUCCAUAUUCCUCCUUGAAUGCCAUGUUUCUUUGCACAUCAUAAACCAGAUGAAGAUGCUUGUUGAUAACUUGUCAAAAUAUUUUGUACAGUUUUUUUUAAUUGAGGUGACUGAGUGGACUACACUUGCUGAAUUCAUGUUCUAAUUGAAACCAGUGCAAUGCAUCUGAUAAUUAUGAAAUUAAUCCAUUGUAUCUACAUUCUAACUUGAUCUUGCUAGCCCCCAUCAUUGUCAAUUUCUUUUGGAGAACCCUGACCUUUUUUGCAAAACUGAUUAAGGAGAAUCCUGGUGAAUUACAAACAUAAGACCCAAGACGACAUAAGCAGGCAAUAAAAAUGUAGAUUUUAAUUGUGCUGCAGUUUAAUCAAUUGUAUUGUUUCUUAGUCCUUUGCAAUUUAGCUUUCUGUAAACGAGAGAAAUUUAUGGAUCUAAAUAUUGUUGUUGAACCUUUUUAUUUUGUUUAGUGGCUUUAGAAAACAAACUGAUUAUGCAUCUAAAUUGCAGUAUUCUGACUGCAAAUAUAUGUUGUUAAUUGGCUAACUUGGGAUGUUUGCUUGCCAACAAACAGUAGCUACAUCAAACUGCAAUUCUUUUUGUUGUUUGGAUAUAUUAAUGUAAAUUUGAAAGUAUGUUCAUGCUAGGUUAUUGGUCACCAGACCUUUCAAUGUGAUUCUUUCAGUUUGCCACCAGGAGGUGCACAAAUGUAGCAAGUAAAUGUAUAGCCUGGCAUAAUUAACUGGUGAUACCUAGGCCUCUAAUUGGCAGCUCUACUACAACUCUGAUCAGCUAACAGGAGGUUUGUAGUUAGUUUUUUGUGUUGUGUUAUUUUUCUCCAUUGGAUAAGAUUGAGGUCAGAAAAUGCAUUUAGUUUAAGAUAUUUGGCAUAAUAGUGUUGUGCAGUGGUUUGGGAGUGACAGCUACCUUAAAGAUAUGAGAUUUUUCCAUCUCUGGUUUUAAUCUUUGCCCAUGUGCAUUUGGUAAUCCUGCGAGUGUUUUGCUGAAAUAAAAACAUUUGCAUUCCUAUCCCCA